CCUGACAUGGGCAGGUUUUCGCCUAGGAUAAAUACACUUAAUAUGGUCACGUAACUGAUCACAUAGCCCUAUUUUAAAGGGAUGAAGAGGUGAGUGAAAUCGUAUAAGAGUUGGCAAGUGUCGUCGAAUUCAUAGGGGAGGAAAAUAGGAUAAAUGCUCGUAUAAUACCGGAUUCGGAAGGACCCUGAACAUCUAUACCCGAGAGUUGGAUAUCGAUGACAUAAUAUCUAUUACGCGGGAAAGAAAGAGGAAGGGUUCAAAAGCCCGAUACCCUUGCUCUAGGAUACCUAGUCCCACCAUUAGAUCCGAUAUCUUGGAAGGGAAGGUGAUACAACAUAAACCUAACAUUAGAGAUUGUAAAUUUUGGAGCACCACGGCUCCAUUCCACAAGUUCCCAUUACAACUCUGACUGCACAAAUACAUACCUAAGGUAUACACCGAAUACCUACACCGAAACUUGGGUUUUAAUUCGCCUACCGAGAUGGAUCCAGUUCCGACGCUGGACGUCUUCAUACUUACAUUCAAUGCUGCGAAGCACCAGAUUAAUGUUCCCGUCUUUGCUCGACACUUAUACAAUGCAUUCUCACGGAACGCUUCGAGUCUUCCAGAAUUGGUUGUCAUCUCCCUCCAGGAGAUGGCACCACUGGCUCAGGCCUUAAUCGGCUCAUACAUGCUCAACCCUUAUUUUCAACGAUACGAGUCGGCCGUAAAUAUUGCAGCUGCCAAAUUCGCGGCCGAGUUGGAGCGUCAGGGUCUCCCAAAAGACCAUCCGUAUACGCUGGUAACUGCGCGCAAUGUUGGUAUGACAGGCAUUCUGCUCUUUGCCCGUGACCCAAACACGGUGAAGCAUCUACAAGCUACGUUUAUCGCUUUUGGCGCUGGUGAUAUGCCUAAUAAAGGAGCCGUGGGGCUUCGGAUGCAUUACAACAAAAGGACUACGGAUGGCUCUUUAUUAGCAACGACUGAACUCACCUUCGUUAGUGCUCAUCUAGCUGCUAUGGAAUGGAAUCUCGAAAAGAGGAACAAGAAUUGGGAAACUAUCGUCUCCGGCCUUGUAUUCGAGAACCCCAAGAAAAUUGCAGAAAGCCGGGAGGCGCAGUCCACUCUUCAGAGUGACGAUGGCUCCGAAGCCCAUCAAGCUCUACUUUCGCAGGACACAACCGAAAAGUCUCUGCACGAUAUUUCCAUUUAUAAGCCCGGCGCCCACCUCUUUGUUGCUGGAGAUCUUAACUAUCGUAUAUCUAAGAGUUCACCAACUACGGACUCGGUAUUUCCGGAUACUAGUUUUGAUACUGUGGAUUCCAAUCAUUUGUCACCUUUCUUGGCUCGCGAUCAGCUUAUUGCAGAGAGAGAUGCUGGUCGCACACUACACGGAUUAAGCGAGGCAGAGAUCCAAUUCCCACCAACAUAUAAGCUAGUAGUGUCCCCAAAACCAAAACUACAUGCAGAGCUUGAUCGUAUCGGAGAUGAAGAAAACGACGCAGAUGAAGUCGACUGGUCGUGGGCUCUUCAUCGAUGGCCCGGCUGGUGCGACCGCAUUCUGUACCAAGAGAUACCCUGGUGGGCCAGGGAGACUGUCGGCGAUAAAAGUAUGAAGAUUAUAGAUUACAAUGCGCUCCCUCCCGUUAGAUCGAGCGACCACAGAGCAGUAUUCUUGCGCGUAGAGGUCCCGAUGCUUGAGCACGACUGCCUUAUACCGCCUGAAUCUGCUCUGGAAUCGGAGUUAAGAACAAAGCGUGACAGUCCCCUACCUGUUGACCCUCGUAUCAAGCUCCCAUUUCCAAUCGACUUGCAAUCUUGGGAACGCCGAGCUUCUAUCCAGAAAUGGGAGCCAACUAUCGGCUGGUCGAUGCUGAUCUCGCAAUCAAAAGAGGCUAUCGCAGUGUUCGUUACUCUGCUCCUCGUUGGCCUUGGUACUUGGUGGUAUAGGUCUUGGUAGUAUUCGACCUUGCUACGCCUUACAGAACGGACGACUGGCUUCCUGGCAGGCUGGUCAGGAGUUGGCUGGCCACGAAUAAGCCAGCCACGGGCCAGAAGGACAUGAGCUGACUGUAGGUUAAAUGCUAUGCUUAAAUACGGUUACGCUCCGUGGUCGAUUCGGCCACGACUAUGGACCCAUGGAUGGUUCCAAGGUAUUAAUGUCAUCUUUUGGUGGUUAUCUUCCCCUUUUGCCCCUCUUGUGCCGACUUUAUAGCAGCGGAUUAUAAGAGGCUUUAGUGCUAUUAUAUUUAGACGAGUUUCCAGGAGGGAUGAGGGAUAGAUGACGGUAAUUAAUGGUGAUUAUACCCUUCUACGAAAGACUAAAGGCGUUUGGCCGUAUAUACUUUAGAGGGCUAGGAAUAUUUUAGACUUAUACUGGGAGUUUACUAAACCGGUAAACCCGUGGAAAUACACUAAUGCUAAAUGCGAUGUUAGAAUGUUGAUAACAAUGGCUUCCGGAUAUGGAAACUAACGCCACCGGCAUUGUCGUGAAGUGAG